AUGUCAUACCAACCCAGAUCAACUCUCCAAUUCCGGAAUAACGUGCACGAACGUGCGCGCCAGGGCCAGUCGCUCUCAAACGAAGAAAUCGAACAAAUCACCCGUGAGACGGUUGAAUUGGCCGGCGCGGAUCCCAGUAGCGUCUCGACUCAAUCGCAAAAUCCAAUGCAUGCUCAAUGGGCUGCCUCUGCGGAUAGGGUGCUACACAAGCCGGCAAAUCGGAUUAGUCAAGCGGAUGCUAAAGAGCUGCAUAAUGUCGAGAUGAGAGCUUUCGAGAAUUUGCCGGCACAGGGUUCGGUGGCGAGUCAUGUGCAGAGCCAGGCGGAUCAGAAUGACCGUGUUUGA